ACCAUAGAAUAUACACUUAAUUUAGUGUGGAGUUAUCACUGAAUUACGAUUAAUGAUAACGCAGGUAUAUGUAUUAUGUUAAUUUGAUUUAACAAAAAAACUGAUUCACGAAUAUUAAUCAGAUCAAUCUUGACUAUCACCAAAUAAAGCUAAUGAAAGUAACUCUCAGAAAAAAAUUGUGCUUGCGAAACACAAAAUCAGAGCAUAUCAUUAAAAUAUAUUUGAAAUUUGAAAAUCCAUGAGUACCUGGAAAUCCCUCCCAAAUUGCAAGAAGUUAAACAAUACUCAGCCAACUAUAAGAACUCUUGACCGGUAUGCUCCUGCAUCCAAAUCUGGUUAGAAGACUCAAGAGAGCCGACAGCUACUCUAAUAAGAUACAAAAUGUCAUGCAUUGUGCAAGUUGAGCAGGGCUUAUUGGAGGGAACGAAGCGUCAGAGCUGCCGUGGUCAGUAUUACUACAGCUUUGAGGGAAUACCGUAUGCGAAGCCACCUAUUGGAAAGCUGAGAUUUAGUAAUCCACAAGAACCCGAUCAAUGGAAAGGAAUACGUAGCGCAAAAAGUCCCUCAAACAAAUGCGCCCAAUUAAAUCCUUAUUCUAACUCAGCGUUAGUAGGUUCGGAAGACUGUUUGUACUUAAACAUUUACACACCUAGUUUGCCAGCUGAAAAACUCGAGAAAUUACCAGUAAUCUUCUUCGUCCACGGCGGUCGUUUGAUUGUAGGCUACGGAGAUUAUUAUACACCGGAUUAUUUGAUUAAAAACGAUGUUAUUUUAGUAACGUUAAAUUACAGGUUAAAUGUGUUAGGAUUUUUGUGUUUGAAUUUACCGGAAGCACCUGGUAACGUUGGAAUUAAGGACACCGUCUACGCAUUACGUUGGGUCGGUAGAAAUAUUUCUCGUUUUAAUGGCAACCCUGGUAAUAUAACGGUUUCCGGUGAAAGCGCCGGUGGGGCAAUUGUAUCUUCGUACUUAACCUCAAAGAUGACUGUUGGUCUUUUUAGUAAGGUCAUUGCGCAGUCCGGGAAUUCAAUAUCAGAUUUGUAUUUGAUUAACGAGGAUCCUAUUGAGAAAGCGAUAAAAUUGGCGUCAGUUUUAGGCAAGGAUUUGAAAGAUCAACGGUCUUUAUACGAGUUCUUAGUACAGGUUCCGUUAGUAGAUUUGGUGAAUGCGUUCACCCAGCUAGAACUGAGUCGGCCGCCUAGUAUUAUCAAUGCGUAUUUCUUACCGGUCGUCGAGAAAAAGUUCGAUAACGUCGAAAGUUUUUUCGAGGAACAUCCCAUAGUGUCCAUUAAGAAUAAUAGAGUACAGAAAGUGCCCGUAAUAACAGGUUAUACCACUUACGAAUCAGCGCUGUUCGUCCAAAAAGACUACUCCGGUAGGAUCGUAUAUGUAGAUGACUUUCAUAAUUUUAUCCCUCGAUUCUUGGGUGUCGAAAAGAACACGGAAAGAUCUAGAGUUUUCCAGAAGAAACUACGCGAAUUCUAUUUUGCGGGCCGGGAAUUGAAUGACGAUUUGAAGAUUGAUUAUUUGGUAAUGAUCACGGACGUGUAUUUCGUUAGGGAUAUCAUUUAUUUCGCUGAAUUACUAUCAAAACACAAUCCUGAGGUGUAUCUAUAUGAAUUCGGUUUUGACGGCAACCUGAAUACGAGGGUUAUGAAGAGUUUGGGAGUGAAGGGAGCGUCGCACGGAGACAUCGUGCAGUAUCAGUUUUACAGGAAGAGCAAAGCAGAAAAAUGCGGGGAGGCUGACGAGAGAACGAUUGACUUCUUGAGCGAAUGCUGGAGUAAUUUUGCUAAAUACGGCGUACCAACAUGGAGGAAUCAGAAAACAAAAUGGCUGCCUUACUCAACGAACAAUAGACGGACGCUAGUUAUAAAUGACGAGAUAGAAUUAAAGAGAGACGUUAAUUUGAAUCGCAUUAAGUUCUGGUACGAUAUGAUCAAGGAUAAGACAUGCUGUGUAUUGCACAACUUAGCCAUUGAGUUCAACAUACCUGAACCAGAACCAGCAGAGAUUGAAAACCCCAAUUUGACUAUGACAAUAUCUGAACAUAUUUUUCAAGAGAAUACUACAGGAGAUGGGGACGGCUUCCUGUCGAACAGGUUUUUGACGUGCGCCAUUUCUGUCAGUUUGUCCUUGACGCUGUUGACGGUUUCGUAUAGCCUGUCAUUUAAUUUGAUGUUUAAUUUGAUAAUUUCAUCGGAGUCGCUCUCCGAGAGUGGUAUCUCGCAGGGCGCGUACACUCCAUCAUUCAGUUUGGCCUUCUCGAGCCAAGCGUCCUUGUUCUUUUCGAAGUUCUUGAACAUCACCUUGAAGCUGAAUCGCGUCCUGACCCGGAAGGCUGGUUCUGGUCUAGUGGGAUACAAAAUGUCAUGCAUAGUGCAAGUUGAGCAGGGCUUAUUGGAGGGAACGAAGCGUCAGAGCUGCCGUGGUCAGUAUUACUAUAGUUUUGAGGGAAUACCGUAUGCGAAGCCACCUAUUGGAAAGCUAAGAUUUAGUAAUCCACAAGAACCCGACCAAUGGAAAGGAAUACGUAGCGCAAAAAGUCCCUCAAACAAAUGCGCCCAAUUAAAUCCUUAUUCUAACUCAGCGUUAGUAGGUUCGGAAGACUGUUUGUACUUAAACAUUUACACGCCUAGUUUGCCAGCUGAAAAACUCGAGAAAUUACCAGUAAUCUUCUUCGUCCACGGCGGUCGUUUGAUUGUAGGCUACGGAGAUUAUUAUACACCGGAUUAUUUGAUUAAAAACGAUGUCAUUUUAGUAACGUUAAAUUACAGGUUAAAUGUGUUAGGAUUUUUGUGUUUGAAUUUACCGGAAGCACCUGGUAACGUUGGAAUUAAGGACACCGUCUACGCAUUACGUUGGGUCGGUAGAAAUAUUUCUCGUUUUAAUGGCAACCCUGGCAAUAUAACAGUUUUCGGUGAAAGCGCCGGUGGGGCCAUUGUAUCUUCGUACUUAACCUCAAAGAUGACUGUUGGUCUUUUUAGUAAGGUUAUUGCGCAGUCCGGAAAUUCAAUAGCUGAUUUUUUUGUGAUUAACGAGGAUCCUAUUGAGAAAGCGAUAAAAUUGGCGUCAGUUUUAGGCAAGGAUUUGAAAGAUCAACGGUCUUUAUACGAGUUCUUAGUACAGGUUCCGUUAGUAGAUUUGGUGAAUGCGUUUACCCAGCUAGAACUGAGUCGGCCGCCUAGUAUUAUCAAUGCGUAUUUCUUACCGGUCGUCGAGAAAAAGUUCGAUAACGUCGAAUGUUUUUUCGAGGAACAUCCCAUAGUGUCCAUUAAGAAUAAUAGGGUACAAAAAGUGCCCGUAAUAACAGGUUAUGUCACUUACGAAUCGGCGCUGUUCGUCCAAAAAGACGACUCUGGUAAGAUCGUAUAUGUAGACGACUUUCAUAAUUUUAUCCCUCGAUUCUUGGGUGUCGAAGAGAGCACGGAAAGAUCUAGAGUUUUCCAGAAGAAACUACGCGAAUUCUAUUUUGCGGGCCGGGAAUUGAAUGACGAUUUGAAGAUUGAUUAUUUGGUAAUGAUCACGGACGUGUAUUUCGUUAGGGAUAUCAUUUAUUUCGCUGAAUUACUAUCGAAACACAAUCCUGAGGUGUAUCUAUAUGAAUUCGGUUUUGACGGCAACCUGAAUACGAGGGUUAUGAAGAGUUUGGGAGUGAAGGGAGCGUCGCACGGAGACAUCGUGCAGUAUCAGUUUUACAGGAAGAGCAAAGCAGAUAAAUGCGGGGAGGCUGACGAGAGAACGAUUGACUUCUUGAGCGAAUGCUGGAGUAAUUUUGCUAAAUACGGCGUACCAACAUGGAGGAAUCAGAAAACAAAAUGGCUGCCUUACUCAACGAACAAUAGACGGACGCUAGUUAUAAAUGACGAGAUAGAAUUAAAGAGAGACGUUAAUUUGAAUCGCAUUAAGUUCUGGUACGAUAUGAUCAAGGAUAAGAGUAAAUUGUGAAUUAAUUAAGAUUAAACGGUGGUGGUUAUUUCAUUGGGCCAUUAUUCAAUGGUGGAUAAAGAAUGUAACACUAUACUAGGGAAAAAGCGUAUUACUCUCUAUACAAAAAUCAUUUGAUAGAUAGGCUGCCACUUCUCGAGCCGAAAGCUGAAAUCGUCGACCGGGAAAUCAUUAAUACCGCGCCAAGAAAUAAAAUACGCAGUAAUGUACCUGAUUUAUGAAAAAAAAUAAUUGAAAAUCUGAUGUGGAAAGCCUCGACUUUGGUAACAACUAUAAUGCCUUCUACUGACUCAGAAUUAGGUUUGAAAAAAAAAGAACGCAUGUAUCCCAAAAUUGAUUAAUAUUUGCGUUUAAAAAUAAUUAGCGUGUAGAAUUGUUUGAUCCAAACAAUGUUGAUGUGAAACAUCUAUGCCGUACGUAAAACCGAUUGAUGGCGUGGCGACGCAUCGCCACGCGCAAGCGACUGUUUCUUAAUAUUAAAAUUUUAUUUUUCAUUAUACCACAUGAAUUUCGUGUCGUAAGCCUUAUCCGUAUCCAUUUAUUUCCACCAACAAAGUGAUCAUCAAUACAAAACAGUGACAAACUGUACAAAAGUACAUAGCAGAUGUCACCUCAAUUAUAAGUGCAAUUGACAGCGCAUUGACCUCUUGUGAGUCCACAUGGGUAGGUACCACCACCUUGCCUAUGAAGAGUGACCGUGUGAAGCAUCGAUAUAUUACCACUAGAUAACGCAUCACAUACAAAAACCAAACACAAAUAUGGCAUCGACUAACUGAUCUGACUACACCAUCAAGUGGAGAAGAACGAUGUAUAAUAUAAUAAUUGUAACCUAAACUAUGCCUUUUCCCCAAGCAAUAAAGUGCAGUUUAGGUUAUUUUAACAUUCACUUACGACCUUACGCCAUGAAUGACAGAAAAAGAUAGUUUCUUACAAAAACUUUUAUUCCAAAUUUAACCUUAUUUUCUUAAAAAUAAAGCAAAAAUUUACACGCAUAGCAUUUUACUUACGCCCUUUUAAACUUACGAUAUUAAGACUUUACUGCUCCGAACAGAGUAUUACGGAGUCGCACUUUAUACUUUUUUUGUAAGAAUAUUUUGAGUAGUUUAUUUUUAUUAUGUUUUUUUAAUUCAUAUUCAUUCAAUUUUUUCAAUUUAAUUCCUUAUGAUUAACAACAAAUAUUGUAUAACUAUAGAUAAUUAUACCUGAGUUAGCUAUAUUGUACCUUGCACAUCGGUGGGGAAAAUGGAUAAGAGCUUUUUAAAUCACAACAAUAUAAUCCCAAUCAAAUUGUUUUAUUUAUUAAAUACAUGUCAGAUUCGGUAAAAUGGUCUGCACAAACCACACUGGAGCAAUUAGGUUUGAAAUAAUUGUCGCUUCUUUUUUCUUUUAUUACUCUGUUAUUAAAUCUGUAAAAAUGUAAAAACAAAUUCCAGUUUACAGAUUUCACUUCGCCGUCCGUUGUACAGACGUCUGUUGCAUUCGUAUCUGAUCUAGCGAUACACGGGGUGUUCGAAUCCCAGGCGGGUACCAAUUUUUCUAAUGAAAUACGUACUUAACAAAUGUUCACAAUUGACUUCCACGGUGAACGAAUAACAUCGUGUAAUAAAAAUCAAACCCGCAAAAUAAUUUGCGUAAUUACUGGUUGUAGGACCUCUUGUGAGUCCGCACGAGUAGGUACCACCACCCCACCUAUUUCUGCCGUGAAGCAGUAAUGCGUUUCGGUUUGAAGGGUGGGGCAGCCGUUGUAACUAUACUUGAGACCUUAGAAGUUAUAUCUCAAGGUGGGUGGCGCAAAUGCGCAAAUGGCAGCGUAAAUACGCUGUAGAUGUCUAUGGGCUCCAGUAUAACCACUUAACUCCAGGUGGGCUGUGAGCUCGUCCACCCAUCUAAGCAAUAAAAAAUUAUAAAAAAAUAAAAAAAUAUGUGACUCCACUACACUUGUUCUGAAAUAGCCCUAUUUCAUCCUUGUCUUGCAUGUAACCGUUAUUAUGUGUGCGAAAGAAAUAACUGCGAAGCAAAAUAAUAGGAUUUAAUUUCUUGAAGUACUAAUUUGGUAAGAAUAACUGAUUUAUUUCAAAUAUUUAUCACUAUCUGUUAAUAAAAAUUAUAAAACUUACCAAAAAUACUAAAUUUCAUGUUGUUUUCUCUUUAUAAGCGUGUUUUUUACAUCUUUUUACAGCGCAUUUUAGGAUCGUUCCACUCGACGGUCGGCGUGACACUGACGGCAAAACAGUGCUUAAUAUGAAUCUAAGCACUGUUUUGUUUGGUUACUUUUGACGUCUUUACGCGGGAUCUAGUGGUAAUAUAUCGAUAGUGUGAAGGGUGGGGCAGCCGUUGUAACUAUACUGAGACCUUAGAACUUAUAUCUCAAGGCGGGUAGCGCAUUUACAGUUGGAGAUGUCUAUGGGAUCCAGUAACCACUUAACACCGGGUGGGAUAUGGGGCUCAUAGCUAGUCCACUCGUCUAAGCAAUAAUUUUUUUUAUAUAUUUAUAUAUCUCGACUGCAUUUGAUUACAUAAGCAUGCAUUGAUUACUUUUGUGCAUCUAUACUUGUGUGCUUAGUGCGAGUUUUAUGGAGUUUGAACAGCGCUCCUACGUUUGCAAAUUUGAGUUAACUGUGUCCAUAGCGCGAGUUUUUUAACGUUCUCGAUAGCGUAAACGUGGAACGUUUGCCUACGUUUGCCGCUAGGGGCGCUGUUCGAAGUCAAUUCGAUUUAACUUUUACGCUAUCGAUAACUUCAUAAAACUCACACUAAGCACAAUGCGCUGUUGAAAUGUACUUAAUAAGCACGCGACACCUUUUUCGUUCCUAUAAAAAUUUUUGGUCUGACCUGAUCUGAAUCAGCUCUAACAGUACAUGUUAUAAGGUUAUCUGAAGCAGUCUUCCAUGAAGUUUUCAAACAGAUUCUAAAAAACUCGCGCCAUUUGUGGCCGACCUCUGUGCAUUGGCACUAGGGUUGCCAGACGUCUCGGGACUCUGGUCUCUGUCCCGUAUUCGAAGCGUGCGAUUUUAAUUGUAUUGAUUUUUAUAAAUAUGUUAAAACCGAUAAAAAUAUGUUAAAAUUGACUUGCUCCUCGAAAAAAUAUCAAUAAAGAAAUAAAGAUUGUCACUAUAUAA